AUGGAGGCACACACACGCCUCUGCCUCUCCCUCCCUCCUCCUCUCUGCACUUCCUGUCCAUGGCAGGGAGACAAGGGCGGCGUGAGAGCAGAGAGAGGGCUGGGUGAGUGUAGUGGGGUUGAAUUAAACCCCACUGAGGAGCAGAAAGGAGGCACACACACGCCUCUGCCUCUCCCUCCCUCCUCCUCUCUGCACUUCCUGUCCAUGGCAGGGAGACAAGGGCGGCGUGAGAGCAGAGAGAGGGCUGGAAUGGAGGCACACACACGCCUCUGCCUCUCCCUCCCUCCUCCUCUCUGCACUUCCUGUCCAUGGCAGGGAGACAAGGGCGGCGUGAGUGCAGAGAGAGGGCUGGGUGAGUGUAGUGGGGUUGAAUUCAACCCCACUGAGGAGCAGAAUGGAGGCACACACACGCCGCUGCCUCUCCCUCCCUCCUCCUCUCUGCACUUCCUGUCCAUGGCAGGGAGACAAGGGCGGCGUGAGUGCAGAGAGAGGGCUGGGUGA